UGCGAUAAACAAAUUGUGUUGUAAAGUCCGCAUUAACGCAAAUCUUUUGUUUGUAAACAUUGUAUUCGCAAUUCUGAAACGACGUGACUCUAGAAAUGUCUAUUUACCAGAAGAAAAAUCUGCGUGUCAAAUGUUUCAACAUCAGAUUCAGCGGAUUAAAGAUCUUCUAAACAAAUAAGAUAAUUUCGGAGCACUCAAAACAUUCAAAACAAUUUAAGACAAUAAUGAUAAUGUCUAUGAUCGUUACUCUAAAUAGCAACAUGUGCAAUGUCACGUCAUUGAAUUUAUUCAUAAGGAUGAGAACUCGGCAUGGCUGGAAGAAACUGAUUCCGAGAUUCACAAUUCAGAGUUAUAAAAAAUAUCAACAAAGAUAUGAGUCCAAACUCGAGAAUUAUAAUUAAACCUUUGGACUUGUUUAUAUCGUGUAGAAUUGAAAGUAAUUCCGAGCUGACACCAUAGCGCGACGGUGUAGUGAACGAUCGAACUUCCUAAAAAUGGUCUCUCGACAAAAAGUUCUAAAUCUGCUUUACUUAGUAACAUCGAAUUCGUGCAAAUGUCCUGCCCACGCCAACGUAGGUAGGGUACAUACCGGCAGUUUGCCGUCCAAGGAGUAUGCCUUCGAAAUGGUAUCUAGUACUGUUCGUUACGGCGAAGGGGUCACCAGAGAAGUCGGAAUGGACGUUGUCAACAUGAAUGCUAAAAACGUCUGCGUCAUGACUGACUCCAAUUUAGUUAAACUUCCUCCGGUACAAGCCACUCUAGAUUCUCUAACCCGUAGUGGUGUUACGUUUCAAGUAUAUGACCAAAGUCGAGUCGAACCAACGGAAGAAAGUCUAUUACAUGCCAUUGCAUUUGCCAAAGGAAGCAAUUUCGACGCUUACGUAGCAGUGGGAGGAGGAUCUGUAAUGGACACGUGUAAAGCAGCCAAUUUAUACGCUUCAAACCCUAACGCUGACUUUCUGGACUUCGUAAAUGCACCCAUAGGCAAAGCCAAACCUGUAGAAAACCCUCUCAAACCCUUAAUAGCUAUCCCGACAACAUCAGGCACCGGUAGUGAAACAACAGGAGUUGUUAUAUUUGACUACAAACCCUUACAUUGCAAAACUGGCAUAUCUUACAAAGCCCUAAGACCCACUUUAGGCAUAAUCGACCCACUACACACUCUAACGCUUCCAGAAAAAGUAGCCGCGUACGCGGGGUUUGAUGUUUUCUGUCACGCGUUAGAAUCUUUCACUGCUAUUCCAUUCAAUGAAAGAACCCCGUGUCCGAGUAACCCUGCCGUACGACCCACCUACCAAGGCCAAAACCCCAUAUCAGACGUUUGGGCUCGCUUCGCACUAGACAUCAUCCGAAAAUAUUUCCAAAGGGCUGUCUAUCACCCCGACGAUUUAGAAGCUAGGUCUGCAAUGCAUUUAGCGUCGACGAUGGCCGGGGUAGGUUUUGGUAACGCUGGUGUACACUUAUGCCACGGGUUGUCCUACCCCAUAUCAGGCAACGUCAAAACCUUCAAACCACAAGAUUACAGCCCUGAUCACCCUAUUAUUCCCCACGGGUUAUCAGUAGUGAUGAGUGCCCCAGCGGUGUUCCAGUUCACAGCACCUGCAUGUCCUGAAAGACAUCUAGAAGCGGCUGAAAUUCUAGGGACUGAUACGCGAAACGCUAAAAGGGAUGACGCCGGAAAAGUUCUUUCUGAGGUCUUGAGGGAGUAUAUGGACGUAAUGAAAAUAGAAAACGGGCUAUCUGCGUUAGGUUUUGUGAAAGAAGACAUUCCCGAGCUUGUGAAAGGGACAUUACCACAGAGUCGCAUUACCAAGAUGGCACCAAGGGAACAAUCUGAAGAAGACCUGGCGAAUUUAUUUGAACAAUCAAUGAUGGUAUACUGAGUAUUUAAUAAAAUUGUAUUCAAUACUUGACAGUAUCUACAAUACAUUCUGGCUAAUUAUUAGUUACAGGAAAUAUAUUACGUACAUCAAAAGCCAUUAAAAUGUCAAUAGCAUGUUUGUGCCCAAACAAUACUGUAAAUAAAAUACAGUUAAUAUAAAAAA